AUCUUCUUCUUCUUCUUCAACCUCGCGGCCGUAGCUUCCACUUCUUAGAGAGACAAAAAACCAGAGUACCGGUGGAGAGGGAAACAAACCCGAUGGGAAAUUGCCAAGCCAUAGACACAGCUUCUCUAAUAAUCCAACACCCAAACGGAAAAGUCGACAGACUUUACUGGCCAGUAAACGCCGGUGAGAUAAUGAAAACAAAUCCCGGCCACUACGUUGCUCUUCUCAUCUCCACAAAAGUUUGCCAAUCGGAAACCACCUCAACCCACCAUCGUCGCCGUGAUAACGACACCCAAACCAACAGCACAAAUUUCAACUCGGUUCGAUUGACCCGAAUCAAGCUUCUGAAGCCUACCGAUUCACUCGUUCUCGGCCAAAUUUACCGACUUGUCACAACCCAAGAUGUUUUGCAGGGGUUGAAAGCCAAACAGGAAGCGAAAAAGAAGAGGAAUUUGUUGGAUUUUGAAGGAAAACAGGGGAAUUCGGAGAAGGGAUCUGAAGGGGAAAUUAAUCAGGGGAUGAAGAAUGAGAGAAACAGAGUGAAGAAAUGCAAUUCAACAGUAUCGACGGCGGCGAAAUCGAGAGGGUGGCAGCCAUCGCUGCAGAGCAUUUCUGAAGGGGGAUGUUGAGGAUUUGAUAUUUGAGAUUAAGAACAUAAUAAUGGUUUAAUGAACACAGAUUUGUGGGUUUUUUUUUCUUUUUUUGGAAGUUUUUAGAGUGAGAUUUGUGCAUAGAAAAUGAGUAGUUAAUUAUAGAACAGAACAGAGGGGGAAAAAAAGAAAAGAAAAGAAAAAAGAAAAACAAAAGAUUGGAUGAAAUAUGAAAUAUUGUAGUUGAAAUUUCAUAUGGAGGAAAUGAAAUUGGGUUUUGCAAGAUUCAAAUCA